AUGGUUGACGUCGGAGGACAGCGUUCUGAGCGGCGGAAGUGGAUCCACUGCUUUGAGAAUGUCACUUCGAUCAUGUUUCUUGUUGCGCUUUCCGAAUACGAUCAAGUCCUAGUCGAAUGUGACAAUGAAAAUCGUAUGGAAGAAUCGAAGGCGCUGUUUAGAACAAUUAUCACAUAUCCAUGGUUCACAAACUCGUCAGUGAUUCUCUUCCUAAAUAAGAAGGAUUUAUUGGAAGAAAAAAUUCUCUAUUCACACUUAGCUGACUACUUUCCGGAAUACGACGGUCCGCCCCGAGAUCCGAUAGCUGCACGCGAAUUUAUUUUGAAAAUGUUCGUCGAUUUGAACCCGGAUGCCGACAAGAUUAUCUACUCCCAUUUUACAUGUGCUACAGAUACGGAAAACAUCCGAUUCGUGUUCGCUGCUGUGAAAGACACGAUUCUGCAGCAUAAUCUCAAGGAGUACAAUCUGGUGUAG